AUUUGAACUUGCUGCCGGCUCAUGUCUCCGUUCUUUUCGUUGGCACCAGUGGAAGUAAAAGCACUGAGGUUGUUCACUGGUGCUGGAGCAUCAGAGAUACUUGCUCGUUUUUGCAGGAACCUCCUAAAUUUGGGGAAGCCGAAGUGAAGAUUGUCUGCCGGGCAAACAUAACAAUACAAUUCGAGAUGUUACUGGACAUUAAACACAUCCUCUGGUUAGUCUGUGUCUGCAGUGCUGUGUCUCAGGAUGACCCAGCACGUAGGAUGAGGGUGGAGAAAACUCAGCCGGUUCGGGGGUCUUUGGCGGAGCAGGUGGUUCUGCCCUGCCAUUUCUCCAUCCUACCUCAACCCGCUGGCACUCACAGCACCCCCGCAGCAUCCACGCCAUCCCAUCAGGACCAACUUCGUAUCAAGUGGACUAAAGUGGAUGGGGAAAAGGAAAUCAUUGUAGUGGUGGCCAAGAAUGGGUACAUCAAGAUCGCACCAGAAUUCAAUGGAAGGGUAUCGGUGCCCAGCCACCCCGAGGAUGUGGGCGACGCGUCUCUGACCAUCGGGAAGCUCAGGGCCAGUGAUGCAGGCGACUUCCGCUGUGAGGUUAUUCGUGGCAUUGAGGACACUCAAGCUUUGGUCACCCUGGGUGUCAGCGGUGUUGUAUUUCAUUACCGUGCCAACAGCAGUCGCUACACAUUAGAUUUCGAAAGCGCCAAGCAGACCUGCACUGAUGUGGGCGCGACCAUUGCCACCUUUGAGCAGCUAUAUGCGGCUUACGAGGACGGGUUCGACCAGUGCGACGCCGGCUGGCUGGCGGACCAAACUGUCAGAUACCCGAUAACGAGGCCAAGGGAAGGUUGCCAUGGAGAUAUGAUAAUGAAGCCAGGAGUUAAAACAUACGGAAUCAGAGAUCCAACAGAAACGUAUGAUGUGUACUGCUAUGCUGGGACACUUCAAGGUGAAGUGUUCUUCGCUCCUGGUGAUGCUAAGAUGACUCUGGAUGAAGCCAGAGAGGCGUGCGAGAGAGAGGAUGCAGUUUUGGCAUCUCCAGGUCAUUUGCACGCAGCCUGGAGGGAAGGCAUGGACCGCUGCGACUACGGCUGGCUGUCUGACGGCAGCGCACGCUAUCCUGUCUCUGUACCCAGAAUGCAGUGCGGCAAAGGACAGGUGGGCGUAAGGACUUUGUACCGCCACCUCAACCAGACAGGAUUUCCAUUACCGAGUGAGAAGCUUAGAGCUUUUUGCUUUAAAGCGAGGGAACCCACAACUGUGCCCACAACUGUCUCCACAUUUGUGCCCACCACAGCUCUGACCCCCGAAACCCCUCCGAUCUCCAUCGUAAAGGAGACACCUUUUCAGACCCAUGAUUUCACAGAAGAGCCGCCAUCCAUGUUCUCAACAAGCAUGGCUCCACGUGACACACUCACCACUUUAAAAGUCACAGUUGCACCGUCUGAAAAUGAGGAAACUUGGGAUGUGACAACACCACUCAGUGACUAUGAAGAUAAAGAUGACUCUUUGGUACAGUCAGUACCUUUAUCUCCUUAUUCAGAUUCACCAUUCUCUAUACCCAGUCAGCCCACCACAGGGGAUGAACCAUUGGAGACUCCUUAUGUGGAAUUCAGUGGCUCUGAGGCCAGCAGCGUAGACGUGGACACUUCUGUCACUGAGCUUUCUACCGUGCCAGGGUUUGUUAUCGAUCCAGAAAGACCAGCCAUCGUUUAUAAAGAAAACAUAACUACCACGGACAACACGACUGAAGAAGACUUGCUCAUUCCAGCAUCCACCACCAUAGUGCCAGGUUUGAAUCAAGAAGUCGUCCAUACUGAGUUUGUCAAACCAACGUCAGCCGUCGACCUUCCUUUAAGCACAAAGAGGCAGGGUCCAUAUCUGAAUGUCUUAUUUUUGGACAUUUUCAAGGCAAAUCACACAGAUGUUCUAAAAUUCAUCGAUCAACCAGGGAGCUUUCCCCAAGUACCUCUUGCAUCUGGUGAAAAUGAGUCUCCUCUGACCAGCGGAGAUGUCGAGACAACUUCUGUUAACAUCACUCCAGAACUGAGAUUCGUCAAUGGAAAAUACGAGCUGACUUUGAAACCGGACACACAAACUCAGGAGGCUAGAGGAGACCAGUUUGAAACCGCUAUUCCAACAUUAACAGAAAAAACCCUCCAUAAUUACCAGAUAGACGUGACUACAGAGGAGGCGGAGAGAAUCACAUCUGAGAUUGAGGAAUCUGUCUCAACGGAGAGAAGCCCAUUCGAUCCCCAUGUCACAACGACAGAAAGCUCUAAAAUUAUACCCGAGACAGAGUCACUCCUUUAUACAACCAAAUCCCCGACCCAUGAGAAGUCCUCACAGGCUGCAACAGUUAGCAUGCCAAUGUCUGAAGGUGGUUCCGGUAUGCGGCCAGAUGAUGAUGAAGAUCUUAAUACCACAGAAGGUUCUGCGGAUGAUGUGUUCCCAACAAGGAAAUUUCAAGGUCCAGAUGUAGUGGCUACUGAUGAGACAGAAAUUGGUGAAAUGGAAAAGACUACAGAGAAAUUUAACGUAGAGUGCUUCACUAAGGCACCUUCUCCCACAUUUCAAAGUACUCCAGAAUCUUCAGAAGUCAGCACUGUUGAUGUAAAAAAGCACCCAGAUGAAGAAGAUUUUGAGGGAUCGACUUCAGCUGAAGAAGAUGGCUCGGGACAAGAUUUAUAUCCAACUGAAGAAGUGAAAGAUCCAACAUCAUCACCAGCUUCUAAUCUUUCUUCUCAUAGCUUCACAAUGACAAAACAACAGCCUAUUAGUUUGGCCAUGUCCACUACAGAACCCAGUGUGGUAUUGUCUCCUCAAAUGGAGGGAGUCUCCGAAGAAGGUUCUGCCUUUACCAACGAAUCUCAGAGCGAAGACAAAGAGACCACUAGUAAUUUAUUAGUGCCUGAAAUCGAAAAAUACACAAGCAGCAUUUUCACUAUUACUGAGGACAUGGGCUCUGGCGAUCGACCGGGCGAAGUGUUCACAAAGGAUCCUCUCCUUGCUUCUACUGCUGCGUCUCUUCCUAUUCAACAAACUGAAGAAACAAAGAUCGCCACAGAUGAUGAUGAUAAAAAAGGACUUGAGGGUUCUGGAGAAGACAUGACAUUGUUGAGUUUUGGUUCUACUCAAACACAGACGACACCCAUGUUGACAACCCUAAGUUCAGUGACCGCAAUCCCAACUGAUGCUCCUGAAGCAAUAUUUUCCUCACAGGAAACGGUUCUUAUCCAAGCAGUACCUUCAGGAGAGACAACUACCUCAGUAGAGACUUCAGAGGAUAUUACAAGCUCAGGGCAGACACCAGAGGAGGAGAAGGCAAACACCUUAGUGCAGGCAUCAGAGGAGAAAACAACUACAGUGAAGAUACCAGAGGAGACAACAACCACAGUGAAGACACCAGAAGAGGAGGCGGAAAACACCUCAGUACAGACUUCAGAGGAUACUACAGGCUCAGGGCAGACACCAGAAGAGGAGGAGGAAAAGAACUCAGUGCAGGUAUUACAGGAGACAACAACCACAGUGAAGAUACCAGAGGAGACAACAACCACAGUGAAGACACCAGAGGAGGAGGCGGCAAACACCUCAGUACAGACUUCAGAGGAUACUACAGGCUCAGGGCAGACACCAGAAGAGGAGGAGGAAAAGAACUCAGUGCAGGUAUUAGAGGAGACAACAACCACAGUGAAGACACCAGAGGAGACAACAACCACAGUGAAGACACCAGAUGAGACAAGCAGCUCAGUUAAGGCAUUAAAUGAGACAGACACCCUAGUGGGGACUACAGAGGAGACAAAAACCUCAGUGUUGACACCAGAGGAGACAGACACGUUAGUGGAGUCGUCAGGAUCAGAGGCGACAGAAACCUUUGUGAAGAUGUCAGAAGAGACCACCACCUCGAUGUGGAUUUUAGAGGAGACAACUACCUUAGUGAAGACAUUAGAGGAGACAACACCAUCACUGAAAACCUUAGAGGAGGCAACAACCUCAUCGCAGUCUUCAGAGGAAAUGCCAAGCUCAGUGCAGACUUUAGAGGACACAACAACCACCGUGAAGACAUUAGAAGAGACAAACACGUUAGAGGAGACUUCAGAGGACACAAAAUCAGAAAUAACCUCAGUUUCACCAUCAGAUGAGACAAAAACCUUGGAGCAGACUUCAGAAGACACAACAACUUUUGUGCAUACUUCAGAUGACACAACAGCCUCAGUGGAGACACCAGAGGAGACAAACAUGUUAGAAGAGAAGUCAGAAGAGACAACCACCACGAUGCAGAUGUUAGAGGAGACAACACCAUCACUGCAGCCUUCAGAGGAGGCAACAGCCUCAGUGAAGACAUCAGAGGAGACAACAACCACAGUGAAGACACCAGAUGAGACAAGCACCUCAGUUAAGGCAUCGAAUGAGACAGACACCCUAGUGCGUAUUACAGAGGAGACAAAAGACAUUGCACAUUCUCCAGAUGAUUACUCCACAGAGAAACCUCUCACGUCAUCUAUUCCAGUUUCCAGUCCUUCCAUUGUAGAUGUUUCUGAAGGACUGCAUGAAUCCGUCCAGAUCUUGGAUGAAAAAGUGGUUACCGAAGACGUUCUCACCACUAUCAAAUCUCCAACGACCGUGCCAUUCACAGAAGAUUUAGAUUAUGAAAAUGGAGCAAGUCCUUCCUUCGUAGAGUCACAACCACAACCAAAGAAAGAGCUUACCACAAGUCCACCAGAGUCUUGGACUGAUGUUAGCUACACUUUUGAGAGCAGCAGUGUUGAUUUACAAGACCUCCCUCAUUGCUCGGUCAAUAUGUGUGAAAAUGGUGGAACUUGCUACUCUACUGACAAAGGAAACUUUUGCGUCUGCAUGCCGGGAUUCAGCGGAGGACAUUGUGAAAUUGACAUUGAUGAAUGCCAGACAAACCCUUGCCAUAAUGGAGCUACAUGCAUUGAUGGGCCAAACUCGUUUUCAUGUGUCUGUCUGCCCAGCUAUUUUGGAGCUCUUUGUGAACAAGAUACCCAGCAUUGCGACUACGGCUGGUCCAAGUUUCAGAGUCACUGCUAUAAGUACUUUACACAGCGGCGUACAUGGGAAGCGGCAGAGAGAGCGUGCCGUAUUCAGGGUGGACAUCUCACCAGCGUCCUAUCUCAGGAGGAGCAGACCUUUGUAAAUCGUUUGGGACAUGACUACCAGUGGAUUGGGCUAAAUGAUAAAAUGUUUGAUAAUGAUUUCCGCUGGACCGACAGAAACCCUAUGCAAUAUGAGAACUGGAGAGAGGGUCAGCCAGACAACUUCUUCACUGCGGGCGAAGACUGCGUGGUGAUGAUUUGGCACGAAAACGGGCAGUGGAACGAUGUGCCGUGUAAUUACCACCUGACCUUCACCUGCAAGAAGGGCACAGUGUCCUGCGGUCAGCCUCCUGUCAUGAAGGACACCCAUAUGUACGGCAGCUUGAAGCCACGCUACGAGGUGAACUCGCUGGUGAGAUACCAUUGCAAGAAAGGCUUCAUUCAGAGACACGUACCCACUAUCAGAUGCAGAGAGGACGGCAACUGGGAGACGCCCAAAAUCACAUGCUUAAAUCCGUCUGCUUACCAGAAGGCAUACGCGCACAAACAUCAAAACAAUAACUUUUACAACAACAACGGCAAGAGUCUCCAUGAGUUGACAGAGGUCAGUCAACACUGGUCAAAAACAGACACCAAACAUUGAUCUCCAAACAGAUCAACAGAUAGAGAAAUCUUUCGGUCCGAAGCCAAAUCAUACAUUAUGUGCCUGAUGAAUGUUUAAAAGUGGAGAUGUGAAUUACCCUGAGGGACUGCAAGAAGAAAACACAAAAUCAUCCACCCAAGAGAGUGUACUUUAUAUUUUUUGACUAUGCAAUAGAAAUUAAAUCGCAUAUUGUUUCAACCUACAUGGGGGUUCUGGUUGUAAUGUAUAUAGUAGAGAUAUUGAUCACACAAUUGAAGAGCUGUGAAUGGUGACUGUUUUUAACUUUUAUUUCAACUUUAAAUGCCACGUUUCAUAUGCAAAUAAACAGACAAGUAUGCAUGCACGUGGAGUAACAGCAAAAGCUGUCAUAUUGUUUCAUAUGGAUGGGGUGGGAAAGGGACGUCACAGGCAACAAGUGUUGACUGGAAACCUUCAUCAUCAUCAUCAUCAGCAGCCAAAUAACAAAACCCAUGGUGCACUCUCAUGAUCACAUUUACAUAUGGCAUCAAAAUAUAUUGCCUAUUUUUUUUUUUUUUUAAUAUGUGGUUUGUAAUAUAUAACCAUUUUUACCUUUUUAUAAAAAAAAAUGAAUGUCAUGGUAAAAUAUGAAUACUGUAUGUGUGGUUGAAUGUGUUAGCCGUUUUUGUUGUCGGACACUAUUACAAAUGUUAUACAUGAAGCCAUAGAAGUUUAAUUUAUUGCUGAAAAUACAAUUUAACGAUGAACGAACUGUGAGAUUUUUUGUUUUUAAUAAAGUGUUAUUGGAAUAUUA